GCCAGACUUUCGUGAAUCAUAUAGGCAUGACUUCAUAGCAUCGAAAUGUGAUAUCCCAUUCCAAAUUUAGUUUUCCAACAUUCGGUGCAUCCAUACAAAUGGCAGCCUCUAACAUCAACGUUGCUACGGUUCAGCAAGCAAUCCCCCCCAUCCCCGUGCCGUCUCAAUGGUGGUGCAGGUGGCAGGCUUUGAAAGGCACAAAUCCUCGUCAUUUGAAACCUCCGGAGGCGGAUUUGCGAAACAAAUGGGUUCUUCUUACAGGAGGCAACAGUGGUAUUGGCUUCGAAGCCGCGGCUCAAUUUGUGAAAUGGGGUGCCAAUAUCGUUCUUGGGUGUCGACCGCAGGUACCACCACACGAAAUGCAUCCGGAUGAGGCAAUACAACAGCUCAAAGCCGCUUCAAUAGCUGCUGGUCACCCAAAAGCAGGAAUAGAAUGGUGGGAAUGUGAUAUGAACAGUUUGAAAAGCGUAGAGGCUUUUGGCAAACGUUGGAUUUCCAUGGGUCGGCCCCUGGAUAUCUUGGCCAACAAUGCCGGUAUUGGCGGACCACUGGUGCCAGGCGAGGUUUGCUAUACGGCAGAUGGGUUCGAGAUUGUUCACCAAGUGAACUUCAUUUCUCACGUUCUCCUCAGCAUGAUGUUACUUCCAUCCUUGGCACAGGCUACGCAGCCGCGUAUUAUCUGUACAACGUCAUGCAUGCAAUACUUUGGUGUUUUCGACUUGGCAAACGCAAAUUCUGGAAGAAAUGCAUAUCCGAAUAACAAGUUGUACUUCCAAACGUGGUUAACGGAGCUACAGGCUCGAAUGGAGAAUCAUGCCAAGUACAAGCACAUCAUGAUCCAAGGCGUCCACCCGGGCUAUGUCAAGACAAACAUAUGGGUUGCACCACAGAGCACCACAUCGGAGAACACCACACAACAGAAUACCAGACCACCGAAAACGAGAUUUAUGUCCUGGCUGGAAUGGAGUCUUAGGGUGUUACUAAGAUAUUAUGGCAUUGAUCCUCAGCAAGGAAGCCUUGCAAUUACAAAUGCAGCGGCGGCUGCAGACCUUGCUUCUGGGAGUAGAUACACUAACAGGAUAUGGGAAGAGAAACCGAUGCCCCAGACAAUGCAUCCUGCUUGCCGUCACCAGGUUUGGCAAUUCGUCAGCGAGGAAUUAUUGCUGGAGGACAGGGGCUUGUUAACUGAGCUGGGUGCGUAAGGACACGAAGACUUUUUCAGGGAGUGCGUGAAAUAUUGUAGUUUGUUCUGUUCCUUGGAAUUACCAUUCUUAUCUAAAUUUCAAGGAAAUGAAUGCAAUGAAAGUGUUUUGUACUAUAUAUUGUUGCAACACCGAGUAACCGAC